GAAGAAAGGUUUUCCUCUUUGUAGGAAGAAAAAUGUAUACUAAACUGAAACAAUACAAUCCAGAAGCUACAAAAGGCUGUGCCAUUUUAGAACCAAACAGAAAGUGCAUGAUUAAUUGGCCAUCUAAACUAAACUCGUUUCAAUUCAUCCUCAUCAUCCCCCGCUAAAAGACUUAAGACAGGGGAAAAGAAAAUCAAACCAUUAAAAAACAAACAAAAAUUAGUCUCCCGUAGACCACAUGCAAAGCAAAACGUCCAAGGUUAGCAUAAAGCCGCCCACCCACCCUCCGCUUCCCACUCCAACCAUCUCCCCUUUCCUCUUCCUCUCCUUCGCCCCCAAGCAGCAGCAAACACAAGCAGCGCAGCCAUCAGCCAACUCUUCCUCUUCCUCCCGCCGCCGAGUCGCCGACGCCGCGUCGCUUCCCCUAUAAAUUUCUCCGCUUCGCCACAACCAUCCUCAGAAUCCCAACACAAAACCGCCGCUCUUCCUAUCCUACACUUGUGUUAGCUUCUUGCGCCGAGAAACAGAGCUCCUCGAACAGAGCUAUCCAGCCAAGGAGCGGCCCUUCGCGCAACCGCACAUGUCAGUCCGCGUGGCGGCGCCGGAGAAGACUGCAGCGAUGUCUGCGGCGGCGUGGCCGUACGUGGAGUACAUGGCGCGGUGGGAGCGGCAGGUGGAGCGGCGGCAGCUGUUCCUCCGGAGCUACCACUUCUCCCGUGACGCCGACCUCUCGCCGCGCGCGCGCACCCGCCGCGUCGUCUGGGCCGGGGCGCGCCGCCUCCGCCGCGCCGCCGCCACGGGGCUCCGCCGCCUCCGCGCGCGCCUCCGCCUCUGCUUCGCCUGGGCCACGCUCCGCCGCCGCCGGUCACACGGCUUCCGCUACGGCCGUCUCCCCCGCGCCGGGAAGCCCACCAAGCCCGCCGCGUCCGUCUGCUUCUGGUAGCCAGCCGCGACCGAGCGGCGUGCGUGCAUAGUGAGCCAAACACGGCACCACUUGUUUUGUUGGCUUCUUAGAUUGGCGUCUGUCUGUCUGAGUAUUCGAGUCUGAGACGACAAGAGCUAAGUUAAUUCAGCUUAACUAGGCUGGUUGUGAUGAUGCGUUGCUUACCUCGAUGUGAUCUGGUGCCGAUCAGCUCCAUUUUGACCGACUUGGACACGGCCGUGCAUGCGUGGCAAGACAAGAUUGCGCCUGGCGAUAUGGUAGGUCGAGCAUGCAUGGACAAAUGCCUUGUGCGGAUUAGCCAGCUGACAAAUGGCGUGUCUAGAUGGAUACACGCCAUGCAUUGCGACACCUCCAAAUAUGAGAAUUAAUAACACCAGAAUAUUUUCUCCAGAGUUCCAGUUACUGGCAUUGGCUGGAGUACUCCAUAGAGAGUAAGAAAGAAAGCUACUGCUAGACUGUAUUAACAGUUGUCCACGGUUAUACUCAAGAUUCGGGAAGGCGACAGAGUUGUUAAUUCAACAGGGUUGACUUGGAUCAUUACAUCGAUAAUAUCUUUAUUCAGUUU